GCUAUUCCGACGGAUACGGACCGGGACAGUAUAAGAGAGAAGAAUAGAAUAGAAGACAGACAAGAAGUAACGACACCAUGAAAAUCGAUCUACACACACACAUUCUUCCUGCCAGCCUAGAUACCCCCUGGAUCAGAUUCCAGCAGAAUGGAAAUAAAACAGACAUCCUCGUCGACGGCGUCUUCUUCCGCGCUGUCCAGGCCAACUGCUUCGACGAGGCGGUCCGCAUAGCCGAAAUGGACGCCUCAGGCAUCGACAUGCAGGUCCUCAGCACCGUCCCGAUUCUUUUUUUCUACGACCGACCAGGGGAAGACGUCUCGCUGCUCUGUCGCCAGCUCAACGAGCACAUCCUCUCGCUCUGUCAGAAACAUCCUACUCGUUUUCUCGGGCUGGGAACCGUGCCUCUGCAGGAUAUAGACGCCUGUCUCGCCGAACUGGAGUACAUCAAGGCUGCAGGACUGCACGGCGUGCAGAUCGGAACGACCGUCAACCAGAAGAACCUGGAUGACUCGUCGCUCGCUUUAUUCUGGAGCACCUGCGAGAGACUCGAUCUCCCCGUCUUCAUCCAUCCACUGGGGUAUACCCUCCCCUGCGAAAGCCAUCGUUGGGGUCCCUACUGGAACGCGUGGUUGAUCGGGAUGCCCUGCGAGACGGGACUGGCUUUUCUCGCCUUGUUAUGCUCGGACACCUUGUCGCGCCAUCCGAGCCUGCGGAUUGCCUUUGCGCACGGCGGAGGUGUCUUUCCUGCGUUGCUGGGGAGAAUCGCGCACGGCUUCGAAUGUCGCCCGGAUCUGCUCUGUACGCAGACCACCGCCACGCCAGAGAGCGUCUUGCAGCAGGGGAAUAUCUUUGUCGACAGUCUCGUGCAUGAUCCGGACGCGUUGGAGUUUCUCGUCAAGAAGAUAGGCAGUGCCCGGAUCUGUCUGGGCAGCGAUUAUCCGUUCCCCCUGGGAGAAGAGACCGUCGGGGGGGUUUUACAGCAUUCUUCGCUGACAGGCAGUCAGAAGGAGGAGAUUGCGUCUUUGAAUGUCUUAAGGUUUUUGAACGUUCAUCUUCCUAACUAGUGGAGAGUGUAUCUGAAAUGAAUUGAUGGUAUAAAUUCGGGUGUGAGAUUUUCAUGAAGAAGAGAAAAAAAAAAUUAAUAGAUAUAUACAAAUUCGUCGUUCUCCCUGUCGGUGAGAUCCAAAAACGCAUUCUCUCCC